CAAAACUUAGAGUGUAGAAGAAUUAAAAAUCGGUAAAUAUCUUUAAGUGUAAAGUUACUUCUGAUGCAACGAGUUUUUAUGCUUUGAAUGUUGUGGAACUAAAGUCCACAGUGUUUUGGAUCAAAAUGAAAUUUGUUGUAAUUUUCGUUGUUGCUGCUAUUUCUUCAGCACAUUGUCUAUCGUUUGGACCACAAUUGGAUGAUCAUUGGGAAUUAUUUAAGAAAGUGUACGGAAAGAGAUAUGAACACCCAGAAGAGUUUUCAAGACGACUUAUUUGGGAAAAAGCUGUUUCAGAUAUAGUGCAACAUAAUCUUCUUGCUGAUUUGGGAAUUUACACUUACAGGAAAGGCAUUAAUGAGUAUACAGACAUGAGCCAUGAAGAAUUUGUGAAAAAUUUUAUUGGAUUUAGUAAUAUUGGUCAACGUAGCAAAAAUGGCAGCAACUGGAUUUCGCCAUCUAAUGAUCCCAUCCCCGAUACAGUUGAUUGGAGAAAACAAGGACUGGUCACUCCUAUAAGGGAUCAGAAAGAAUGCAGCUCUGGCUAUGCCUUUUCUGUUACUGGAUCACUCGAAGGACAACAGAAGAAGAAGACGGGAAACCUGGUGGCUCUCAGUGCACAAAACAUUAUAGAUUGCUCAAAACCAGAGGGAAACGGGGGAUGCAAUGGAGGUUUUGUGGAUCAGUCUUUUCUAUACAUAAAGUUGAAUCGUGGAAUUGACACUGAAGCAUCAUACCCUUACACAGCUAGAGAUGGUCCCGAAUGUCUCUUCAAGAAGGAAGAUGUUGGAGCCACAAUCGAGGGUUAUGUUGACCUUCCCAGCGGUGGUGAUGAAGAAACCUUGAAAAAGGCUGUCGCAACGGUUGGUCCAAUCUCAGUCGCAAUCGAUGCAAGCAAUUUGAGCUUCAUGAAUUAUAAGAGUGGAAUCUAUUACGAACCAGCUUGCAAUUCAGAUUACGUAAAUCAUGCUGUUUUGGCUAUUGGAUAUGGGACAGAAGAUGGCAUCGAUUAUUGGUUGGUUAAAAACUGUUGGGGAACUACGUGGGGUAUUAAAGGAUACAUUAAGAUGGCCAGGAACAAGAAUAACAAUUGUGGAAUUGCAUCUUCAGCCAGCUAUCCACUUGUUUGAACUGAAAUGGUAUUUUUGUCGUAACACUCAAAGUAUUUAUGUGUAUUUCAUAUGUGUGAUAAAUAUGAUGAAAAAUGUACAGUUGCAAUAUUUGGUUUUGCAAUUCCUAGUUUUUAGAAUAAUGUUAGAACAACGAUUUUUCUUUGAACUUGUAAUUGUUUUGAAUUUACUGUCAAUAAAAAUAUUUGAAAAUACUAAA